AUGUUUCCUUUUUCCUUGAGGGACAAGGCUAGCAUUUGGUUGCAUUCUCUACCUAAUGAGUCCAUUCACAAUUGGAGGGAGUUGGCUCAAGCCUUCCUUAACAAAUAUUUCCCUCAUGGCAAGACUACAAAGUUGACUAAAGACAUACUUGAGUUUGUCCAAUUUGAAGGAGAAUCACUUCAUGAAGCAUGGGAGCGGUUCAAGGAUUUCCAACGAAGUGUACCCCAUCAUCGGCUCAAUAGAGAGCAUGUUAUACAAAUCUUCUAUGAUGGGACGAAUGUCACUACCCGAGCUACUAUCGAUGCGGCUUCGGGGGGUUCACUUAUGCAAAAGACCUAUGAGGAAGCCCUUGAAUUGGUGGAGAAAUUGGCCGUGGUUAGUAGUACUUGGGGUCCUAUGGAAAGAAGAGCGCCACCUACUCAAAAGUCACUCAUGACUCUUGAUCAAGUGAGGGAGAUGGAGUCCAUCAAAGCCGCAAAUGCUUCGCUUCAAGCUCAAGUGGAUGCUCUCAAGAAACAAGUCGCUCCGAUGCAAAGAAACGCUCCGGUGGCUUAUGUGCAAGUAGGUUGUGAAUUUUGUGGUGAUUUUGGCCAUUCGGGAGGAGAAUGCCUAGUUACGGGUCAAGCUUUGAGUGAGCAAGUCAACUACAUCGGGGGACAAAGCUUUCAAAGCAAUAAUAGGCCUCCACAACAACAAGGUCCUUAUCAAGGCCCUUAUCAUAACAAUCAAGGGAACCACAAUCACAAUCAAGGGAACAAUUUGGGCAAUCGACCUCCACACCCUCCCGGUUUCCAACAACAACGGAGUCCGGAUGAGGGAAGCUUGCUUGCUAAGGUGCUUGAGAGAUUUGAUAGGAUGGAACUUGAAGCCAAGCAAAGAGAGCUUGAUGCUAGACAAAGAGAGAGGAACCAAGCCGCCACUAAUCAAAUGCUUGAAACUCAAAUCUCACAACUUGCUAUCAACCUUCAAGGGAGACCUCAAGGAGGAUUGCCUUCCACUACGGAGACUAAUCCUAGGGAGCAUGUGAAAGCCAUCAAAGUUGUAGAGCUUCGGAGUGGGCGGAACUUGGAGAAAGCCAAUGGAAAGAAACAAGUUGUUGAGGAGGAUGAGCCUCAAGUGGUAAUUGACAUAGCAAGUUCAAGUCGAGAGUUGCCUCGGGAAUGUGAGGAGGUGGUUAUCGAAGUCGAAGAGCCUUAUGUACCACCGCCACCGUUUGUGCCUCCGGUUCCAUUUCCGAGCCGGUUAAGAAAAGCUCCGGACAAUGAAAAGUUCAAAAAGUUCCUUGAAAUAUUCAAGAAAAUUCAAAUCCACUUGAGUUUGGCGGAUGCUUUGAGAGAGAUGCCCCAAUACGCAAAGUUCUUGAAGGACAUAAUAAUGAACAAGCGAAGUUGGGAACAAAGCGCAACAAUUUCCCUCACGGAGAAUUGUAGUGCUAUUAUCCAAAGUGAUCUACCGACAAAGCUAAAGGACCCAGGGAGUUUCACUAUUCCUUGUUCAAUUGGAACUUCUACUUCUCUUAAUUGUCUUUGCGAUUUGGGUGCAAGUAUAAAUUUAAUGCCAUUGUGUCUUUUCAGGAAAAUAUGUGGAAACCAACCGAUAAAACAAACUUCCAUGAUGCUCCAAUUGGCCGACCAUUCGCUCAAGAGACCGCACGGGGUUGCGGAAGACGUGCUAGUAAAAAUGGGCAAGUUCAUCUUUCCGGUGGACUUUGUUGUGCUUGAUUAUGCGGUCGACAAAGAUUGCCCCAUGAUUCUUGGGCGCCCUUUUCUAAAUACGGGACGAGCAUUGGUUGAUGUGAAUGCGGGAAAGAUAACAUUGAGAAUGAAUGACGAGAGCAUGGAAUUUGACAUGAGACAUGGAAAAAGCAAGUGUGAGGAGGAGCAAUGUAUGAAGAUUGAUGCCAUUAAACCCACAUUGCAUGUGCCUUUAAAGGAGGUUCAUAAGAAAGAACCCAAAAUUGGGUGUGCCAAAACUAACAUGACACCUCAUGUCAAGCCACGGAAGGGAAAACCAAGACAUUGGGCAUCAUGGAAGUUGAAGCUCAAUGGGAUAGCAACCGCAAGCAAGAGACAAAUGUGCAAGGAAGUUGCUACUCUUGGUGAGUACGUCCAAGUUCGAACCUCCCAAGAGCAUUCGCAUGCGGGGAAGUUGAUUUCUCAAUGGAGCGGACCAUUUAAAACACGACGCAAAUUGGAGGAUGAUUUGAUUGAGUUGGAGGGGGACAAUGGAGAUGUUUUUAAGGUGCUUGGGGAAUGGUGCAAACCAUAUCCAAGAGUGUUGAGGAAUGAGGGCCGUGAGCAAGUCGCUCUUUUUGAUCCUCCAUGA